CAGACUCAGAGCCGCCACUUCAGCUCCACACGGGUCCGGAUCCCCGGAGCUCCCGCCACCCGGAACACUGCCGCUAGUCUACAGUUAGAGCCAUGCCGGUGUUGUCUUUGCCCCUGUGUCGGCUGCUCAGGCCCCGGGGGUGUAACAGCAAGCUGUUUAAGCGGGUGAAGGCGCUCUACACGGCGUGUGCAGCUCCGGCUCUCGGCUCCAGCGGGAGGAUCUGUCACCCAGAGCCGGGACACGCGCUGUCAGCGGCCGGCAUGUGCACCAGCGAGCCGCGGGGAGACACCACCGACUGGCUGUGGUCUGUGUACAACCAAACGAAACGGCACACUGAAGGUUUAAUCCCAACGAUCUCAAACAACUUUGUGAAACCGGAUACCAUUUUCGCCAACAACGAGAUGAGCUUGCAGGACAUUGAGAUCUACGGUUUUGACUACGACUACACCUUGGCCUUUUACUCCAGCCAUCUCCACACUCUGAUCUUCAAUGUGGCUCGAGAUAUUCUCAUCCAACAGCACAGGUACCCAGAAGGAUUGAAGUCCUAUAACUACAUCCCUGAUUUUGUGGUUCGGGGGCUUCAUUAUGACGUUCAGAAGGCUUUACUGAUGAAGAUCGAUGCUUUUCACUACAUCCAGCUAGGAACAGUUUACAGGGGUCUUCACCCUGUACCAGACAAAGAAGUCAUUGCUAUGUACGAGGGUUCUCAUGUACCUCUGGAAAUCAUGAGUGACUUUUAUGGCAAGAGCUCACAUGGACUCACUAUGAAACAGUUCAUGGACAUCUUCUCACUGCCAGAGAUGACCUUGCUGUCGUGCGUCAAUGAUUACUUCAUGAAGCACAACAUUGACUAUGAGCCUGUGCAUCUCUACAAAGACGUCAAGGAGGCCAUAAGAGAUGUCCAUGUGAAGGGAAUCAUGUAUCGAGCUGUGGAAGCGGAUAUCGAGAAGUAUAUCUGUUACGGUGAACAGACCCAUGCUGUUUUAAAAAAGCUUUCAACAAAUGGAAAGAAAAUGUUUCUGAUCACAAACAGCCCCUUUGAUUUUGUAGAUCGAGGAAUGAACUUCAUUGUCGGAAAAGACUGGCGGGAUUUAUUCGAUGUCGUCAUAGUGCAGGCCGACAAGCCAAGUUUUUUCAAUGACCGUAGAAAGCCAUUCCGACGAGUUACUGAAAAAGGAAUGUUGCUAUGGGACAGAAUACACCACCUCGAGAAGGGGCAGAUUUAUAAGCAGGGAAACCUGUAUGAGUUCCUGAGACUCACGGGCUGGAGGGGCUCGAGGGUUUUAUAUUUUGGAGACCACAUCUACAGUGACCUUGCUGACCUGACCCUGAAGCAUGGUUGGAGGACAGGGGCCAUCAUCCCUGAGCUACGGAAGGAGAUCAAGAUCAUGAACACGGAGGAAUAUGUACACACCAUGACAUGGCUGCAGAGUCUGACCAAUCUGUUGGAGCAGAUGCAGGUGCACCGAGACUCUGCCUCACAAUCAGUGAUUGAGCAGUGGAUCAGAGAGAGGGAGGACCUCAGGUUUCAGUCGAAGAACAUGUUCAACAGUCAGUUUGGCAGUCUGUUCCGCACGUGCCACAACCCGACAUAUUUCUCCCGCCGCCUCUCACGCUUUGCAGACAUCUACAUGGCCUCCCUCAGCUGCCUGCUCAACUACGACCUGCAGCACACGUUCUAUCCGCGCCACACUCCGCUGCAACAUGAGGUCUCGUUCGGGCCAGAGCAGUCCAGCAUAGCCAUUAACACUCCCUUUCAGAACCAUCGUACAGGCUCAGACUAAAUAACAGGACUAAUAACAUGGUAUUAUUUUA